GGACUUUCUCCUCCUACAGUAGCUGCCAGCACACCAAACUGAACAGUCGUGCUGUAAAGACACUAUGGCAUCCCCGUUAUUCAUGCAACCGGCUUUCUUCUCACUCAUACUGAUUGCCGUACAUAAGUCUGUACCGGUGGAUUGUACAACGAGGCUCCAAGACCAAGAACAACUUUUACAACACCAGCAGAGCAGCUUUAACACAGGAGCAUAUUCGGAUACAUCCGCUGGUACGGGAGGUUUCUACUUGGAGCUGAGCGGAUCAAUGAGAAAAGGCAUUCACAGACACUUUCUGGUUAUUUUGCCAGCAACAACAGACACAAGCUACGUUGUGUCAAUAUUUAAUUUGAGAAGAAAACGGUUCCUCUGUAUGGACUUAAAGGGAGAUCUGUACAACUCUAGGCAAAAGGACAGAGAUUGUCUCUUCCAGUGCAUUUGGUUAGAUUUGGCAAACCACCGUGAAGUGCUCAUGGGACGCCGGCUGCUCAAACUGGAGGGAGCAGAACUGCGAGUUGCUCACCAGGAGCCACCUGAACCUCCAUUAGCCCUGGUGAAGAAGUUCUACUUGGUUAAGAGACAGAGGAGGAGUGAGUAUGUGAACCCCUCUGAUCCUUUAAGAUCAGAGUCACAUCCCUCACAUUCUGCCAAGCCUGACCAGGAUCAGGCCGGCGCUGUAUCUAAAGAGACCAUCACCUUCUGUGACGACCCCCUGCGGGUCUUACAGCCCAACGGGCCUGUCAGUCCUGUCAAGACUAAUAUUGCAGACCGAGCAGAACAAGACUAAGAUACUGAACUUGGGUUUAAUAAGUAAAAAGUCAAGAGGGGCUGCAAGUCUUUGUGUUUGUUCUGAAAACUCACUUUACAUUUAACUGCACAGUGGGAGUAGAUACUUCUUGACACCUUGUCCUGCAUUUGUGGACCUCAGUAUUCGUGAGAGCCAUAGAAUGACUUGUAACGAGCUGCUAGAGUCAAACUGAUCCCAGAGGGUUUGUUAUUUUAUGAGGUCACACAAAAGCAUUAAACAACUUCUGAGAAAAGAGAUAGCAUUUUAUAAAAGCCUUGAAUCAAAUAUUUCACAAUUUGUUUUGAUGGAACUAUUAUGCUUUGUAAUGGCCUCAUAAACAGUGUUACAUAACGGCGGCUCUUCUGUUUGAAUAGCAGGUGAAGGAUAAGUCUGGCAACAUUCGACAUAAUCAUGCAGCAAGUUUGGUCCCGGUCCUGCUGUCCUUUAACCUCUUGUGUCAGUUAAAUUUUAAACCUUGGGCCAGAUGUGGCAAUGUUUGUUUUGCAUUUUUAAAAAUGUGCAAUUUGUAAGUAAUUAUGAGUAUUUAUAGGUUAAUUUGUUGACGCAGUAAUGCUUUAAAAACAGGAGUUUUAAAAGCAAACAAACUGGGGGAAAAAAAAUCACCCGCCAUUUGCAGCAAUAAAGGACAGGAUCAAAUGAUGUCAGGUGCCGGACACCAAUAGUCACAGCAAUGAAAAGGUAUUUAUUUAUUGAAAUAUGUUAAAUGACUUCCUUCCUAGCCUACUGUUUUAUUAUUUAUAUAUUUCAUCUUGUGUUAUUUCUGAUGUGGACAAAUAAACUGUAACUAUUCUGCUGAGUGUCUUGUCGGCUGUACUGUAUACCAUACUAUAUGUGUCCGUGAGGCAGCAGUAUGACACAGCAUGAAGGAAUUGCACCCUUUAGAGACUCUGUCUUUAGUUGUUGCUUCCAUGAUCACAUAUAUAUGUAACUUCCUUUCUAGCAAAUUGUAAUGGGAGGGAAAGAGAGGAACUGGGAAUGAAAGCGGGUCUUGUGUCUUUUCCUCUCCGCUUGUAUUCAUGUUUUCUUUGGGGUCCAUUAAAACAAGUGUAAAUCACCUGUA